UUGCCCCCUCGCCUGGCUUGUGCCGCGGUGUCUCCGCAGCGGACGCACAGCUCGCCUGGGUCUUUCGCGAGUCCCCAGAGUAGCCUCUAGUUUGACUGUCAAAACGUGAAAAAAAAAAAAAAGCCUGAUUGCUUUGUCCUGGGAAAUAAGAACCCUGCAGAACACACCUGCUUGCAGGGGACAGAGGAUGUGAUGGAGCUGCUUGAAGAAGAUCUCACAUGCCCAAUUUGUUGCAGUCUGUUUGAUGAUCCUCGAGUUUUGCCUUGCUCGCACAACUUCUGCAAAAAAUGCUUAGAAGGCAUCUUAGAGGGGAAUGUGCGGAAUUCAUUGUGGAGACCAUCUCCAUUCAAGUGCCCCACAUGCCGUAAGGAAACUUCAGCUACUGGAGUUAAUAGCCUGCAGGUUAAUUAUUCCCUGAAGGGUAUUGUGGAAAAGUAUAACAAGAUCAAGAUCUCUCCCAAAAUGCCAGUGUGCAAAGGACACUUGGGGCAGCCUCUCAACAUUUUCUGCCUGACUGAUAUGCAGCUGAUUUGUGGGAUCUGUGCUACUUGUGGUGACCACACCAAGCAUGUCUUCUGUUCUAUUGAAGAUGCCUAUGCUCAAGAAAGGGAUGCCUUUGAAUCUCUCUUCCAGAGCUUUGAGACCUGGCGUCGGGGAGAUGCUCUUUCUCGCCUGGAUACCUUGGAAACUAGUAAGAGGAAAUCCCUACAGUUACUGACUAAAGAUUCAGAUAAAGUGAAGGAAUUUUUUGAGAAGUUACAACACACGUUGGAUCAAAAGAAGAAUGAAAUCUUGUCUGACUUUGAGACCAUGAAACUUGCAGUUAUGCAAGCCUAUGACCCGGAGAUCAACAAACUUAACACCAUCUUACAGGAACAACGAAUGGCCUUUAACAUUGCUGAGGCUUUCAAAGACGUGUCAGAACCCAUCAUAUUUCUGCAACAGAUGCAGGAAUUCAGGGAGAAAAUCAAAGUAAUCAAGGAAACUCCCUUACCACCCUCUAAUUUGCCCACGAGCCCUUUAAUGAAGAACUUUGAUACCAGUCAGUGGGAGGACAUAAAACUAGUAGAUGUGGAUAAACUUUCUUUGCCUCAAGACACUGGUACAUUCAUUAGCAGGAUUCCCUGGAGCUUUUAUCAGUUAUUUGUGAUGGUCCUUCUUUUUGGCCUUAUCAUUUUCUUUGGUCCUACCAUAUUUCUAGAAUGGUCUUUAUUUGGUGAAUUGGCAACUUGGAAAGACCGUCUUUCAAACUUCAGUUCCUAUCUGACUAAAUCAGCUGACUUUGUAGAACAAUCAGUAUUUUACUGGGAACAGGUGACAGAUGUGUUUUUCAUUUUCAGUGAAAGAAUCAAAAAUUUUACUUUGGUGGUGCUGAACAAUGUGGCAGAAUUUGUGUGCAAAUAUAAACUAUUAUAAAAUCUGUUUUAACUAUGCAGUUCUCCAUCUUUUCUUAGAAAUUGUUAAGAAAACAGAGUACUAAUUCAGAUUUGGUCAAGAUUUCAGUCAGAUAUUUUCCUCUAAGAGUAUUCCUUUCAAAAAUAACAUCCUAUAUGUGUUGUUCAAAUUAGGUAGCAUAAGAUGAAAGUGAAAUUUAGCAGAACCGUCCUGAGCCCUCUUCCCUUUUUAAAGAGUGCUUUGAAAUAAGCAUUCUCUCUUUAAUACUGUUUGUGUUUAUGCUGUAAUAAAAAUAGGAAGUGAGAGACCACAUGGUCUGAUGUUGUAUUAUGGAGGUAGGUAGUGUAAUAGUGAUUGUUCAUCAAGCAUGCAAUAAAGAUUACUCUUGCAGAGCAACUUUUUUUAUGACAAACUUUUUGAAAAGGGAAAGGUGGGUUGAAAAUAUGGAUGAAAUGGAUUUCAAAUAUUUCUAUGGAGGGUUGAUUCCUUUAUCACCCAAAUGUAAAUCUAAACAAAAACUGGCAUUUUCUUACUGUAAGUUUACAUUUUUAGGAGGUUUGGAGAUUUCAGCCUGCCCUUUUCUCCUUUGUUUUUGUAAAUUUUUCAUUAAAGCUGAUAAGCUGCAGAAGUGUUAGGUGGCAGUGCAAUCAAAGAUGUAGAUUUAAAAAAAACCAACAAACCGACACACAGUAAGAGCAGGAAAUGGGAAGGCCACCUUUACUGGCAGCUAAGUGUUAUGUUGUUCCAUAGUAUCAUGUCAACUGUACAACUAAGCCAGUUAACUAACUUGCUUACAGAAUUUUAAGUGUAGUAAGACUAAUUUGACAACAGAUGAAACAGUCUCUCAGCCAUUAUAAUCAGCUGAAUGUUAAUGCUGUCCUAUCUGCUCACAUAAGAUAAAGAUGCCUCAUCUCUUUCUGAAUAAAAAUACUUUUCUCACCUUGCUUAUAAUUCAGAUGAAAACAAAGAAGUAAACAUCUUAGAACUGU